CGCGCUCUCAGUAAAAGUCCACUUCGGUUUUUCCGCGAAGCUCCAAAAAUCCAUGAAAUGUGUUUGCAUGUUUCUCUCUGCAAGCGAGGAUGUAGAAGGUGGGAUCGCGAGCACGGAGAGAGCUCGGGGGGAACCCACGCGCUCACGCCUUCAGAGAAAGUACGCUUUUCCCCAUAAAUAACUGACGGCUGAGAGACGGACCGCUCGGACUGAGGGAGCUCUCCUCCCCUCUGGAUCUGCUUUUCUUUGGGCGGUACGGCGUUGACACUGAGUACCGGAGACAGUUGCGGUUCGUACGAGGACGCGCGUCUCCCCGGUGAACGAUGCGGUGGAAGGGAUCCGAUGCCGGAGGUCGAGGAAGGCGACCGGCCUGAGACCGUACGCCGCCGCGCCCACGGCUGACGUUGACACGGCCCAUGGAGCGACGUGCAUGAGGGCUGAGCUGCUCCGGACCAUGUCUAGUGGGCUGUCGGCGGGGGGCCGGACCGAGGACGCGGAGCGGAAUAGCUGCAAGCAGGACUCUCCUGUCAUAGAGCGCCGGAACCGCAGCGGCAUCCUCAGCGAGCCCCUCAGCAAGAGCCUCAAGAAGUCCCGCACCCUCUCCCAGUACACGGCAGUGUCCUCCGCCACCAGCAAUGGACACAGGGACCACGGCGAGGCCAAGAGGCACUCGGCCAAGCCUCAGCCACCGCCGCUGCCUCAGCCCACCGUCUCCGCGCUGACGGCGGCGGCCAAGUUGGACCGGACCCUGGAGCAGGUCCUGGAGGGACAGAAUGGCCUGCUGCACUUUGCCCAGGCGGCGGCGUUGUUAAAGCGGGCCGGUAUGGAGCACAUGCUCCUGCCCGGGGGCAUGGGAAUGGGAGUUGGCAUCGGAGACGCGGGCUCGGGGGCGAGCGACUUGGAGGGCACGUCUGUCACGGACGCCGUCGGUGGUCCCGUGGACUUCCCAUAUGGAUUAGGGGGCGGGUUCCCCUUCAACCCGGGUCUUUUCAUCAUGACGCCGGCUGGAGUGUUUCUGGCGGACGGCGCGCUACACAUGGCCGGCCUGGCCGAGUACCCGGCGCAGAGCGAGCUGGCCUCCGCUAUCAACUCCGGCAAAAAGAAGCGAAAACGUUGCGGCAUGUGCCCGCCUUGCCGACGGCGGAUUAACUGCGACCAAUGCAGCAGCUGCCGGAAUCGCAAAACGGGCCACCAGAUCUGCAAGUUUCGCAAAUGCGAGGAACUGAAGAAGAAACCCUCUGCUGCUCUGGAGGUGAUGCUCCCCACAGGAGCGGCGUUCCGGUGGUUCCAGUAGGACUCCUCCUCCUCCUCCUCCACUCCCGAUACCCAAAGCUCUGCCAUCAAGUGCAAUGUCAACUUCCUGGAUGGUCUCCAGCAACAGACACUGGCUAAUAAACAAAACAGGCAAACAAAAGAAAAAAAAUUAUAGAAAUAAAUAAAAAAAUCUAUAAAAUAUUUUGAAAAAAACAAAAAAAAUCAAUCGGGUAAUGGAUGCACCUACUUAUUCCUUGAACCAAAAAUGAAACGUGAAGAAAAGCAUCUAUGGCAACUUUCAUUCCCUUUUCUAUGUUUCCAUUUUGGUACCUUUUGUCGCCCUUUUUUUUUUUUCCAAGCAGGUUUUUUUCUUUUUCUGUCGCUUAAAAACACGGAACUACUGUUCAUGGCCAGAAACAGAAAUGACAGACUGAGUGUGGACAAUCAAACUAAUUUCUGUGUUUUUUGGUGUUAAUGUUGUUCAUGUGUGGAAAAGAUACAGUACUUGUGUAGAGAAUGUAAAUUUUACGGCUAUAUUUCAACAAAAAAACUAGUGGCUAAUGGCAAAACAUUAUCGUAAUUCUUCACCGUUGUUUUACUUAAAAAUGUCAGUUUUAUGAUUCUCUUUGUCGAAGAGUCGGAUUGGUUGUCUUUAAAAAGACAAAGGAAAUGUAAACUCAGCCCUCUCGUGCAUUUCCAAACUUUUCCUUGAGUGAUACUGGCAGCCUUACGUCACCGCGGCCCUACUGAGCAUGUGCAGAAGCUGCUCGGGGGCUAAUAGCACUAAGAGACAGCACUUGCUCUGAGUCUACCCUACUGAACGCACUGAGACAAGAUUCUUUUGUUUUGUUUUAUUUGCUAUAUUUUCAAAGUUUUUUGUUAAGUUGCUGGGUAGCUACACCUUUUUUAAUUUUUUUUUAUUUGGGGGGGGGGGGGAAUAACCAAUCUUUGUAUUUGUUUAGAGAUAAAUUCGACUGUUUUUUGUGAAUAAAAAAGGAAUGCAUGUAUUUGUGUCAAAAUUUACAAUUCUGACGUUUGUCUACUUUACAUUUGCAUGUUAAAAAAAAAAGAGAAAAGUAUACGUUUUCCAUGAAUUGAAAAAGAAAAUUCCCCUUUCUAAUUAUUCUUAAGAUUCUGACGUGAGCAGAACUCAUUAAAAAGUAAAACCAG